AUGGCAGAGGCCUUCCUAGAGCGCGCCACUUCCCUCUUUGAGCGCGCCUGCCAGCUGGACCCUGUCAGUGUAGCUGCCAUGGGGCAGCUGGGGAACGCACUGCUGGCGCACGGGGAGGUGAAGCUGCGCACGGUGCAGCUGCUAAGGAGCCAGUCGCCGCUGGCGGGGUUGCUGGGAGGGGCCGGUGGGGCGAGGGGCGAGGGAGGAGGGGGUCUGUCAGGGGUGCCGGGAGGGGCGGGGGCGGUGCUGGGGGGGGAGUUGUCGGGGGUGCAGCAGGAGCAGGUAGCGAGGGAAGCAGCAGCGGUAAUGGACCGGCUAGCGGAUGAGUGCGAGCAGCUGCUGGUGCAGGCCGGCCGGCAGUACCGGCAGGCUCUCAGCAUGGACCGGCGGGAUGCACGUGCUCUGUUCAACUGGGGGCUCGCUCUGUGCUACCGUGGGCAGCUUGUGGCCGAGGAGGCUGGGGACAAUGAGGAGUACAAGGCGCUAGCAGACCGCAUGUUCUGUGCUGCCAUUGACAAGUUUGAAGCCAUGCUCUCCAUGACUGAUCGCUGGCACGCCAGUGCUCUCCUCAACUGGGCGCUCGCCCUCAGGGACCGCUCGCGCCUGCGGCCCCUCUCCUCCGUCUCGCGCCUGCGCUUAACCCAGGAGGCCCUGCAGCUGCUGCGGCAGGCCGCUAAGCGAGACUCUCCGCUAAGCGACGGAUCCCCCAGGGACCCGACGUUUUCAGAGGUGCGGAAUGCACUGGUGCUGUGCGAAGCUGAGGUGGCGAAGCUGAAGGAAAUGGUGGGGACGAGUGCGGAUGGUGGGAGAGGGAGUGGGGGCCGGGAUGGGGGAGCGAGUAGAGUGCUGAGGCCUGGCAAUGAUACGAAUAUGCCAGGCUGGUAG